AUGAGUUUCGAGGACCUGAAGCUCAGCAGCUGGCUCAUUCGUCAAUGCCGCAACCUCAACUUUACACGGCCGACCGCAGUCCAACAGGCCUGCGUUCCUGCUAUUCUCAACGAUGAGGACGUGUACGCAGCCGCCAAGACCGGAUCGGGCAAAACGGCUGCAUUUGCCCUGCCCAUCCUGGAGCAGCUGAGCCAUGAUCCAUAUGGUGUCUACGCCGUUGUCCUCACGCCCACUCGUGAACUCGCUUUUCAAAUCAGUGAUCAAUUCCAGUCUCUCGGCAAGCCCAUCGGCGUUCGCGUCGCAACCAUCGUCGGUGGCAUUGACUCGAUCAAGCAGGCCGUUGAACUGUCGCGCCGGCCCCACAUCAUUGUGGCUACCCCUGGUCGACUGGCGGUUCACACCUUGGUGCUGGACGAAGCCGAUCGACUCAUGACCAACGAAACACUGCAAGGCCACUUGGACGUCAUCCUUGAUGCUUUGCCCGAGGAGCGGCAAAAUCUUUUGUUCAGUGCCACGCUGCUGGAAGAGCCCUCGGGCAAGAUUAGCCAGCAGCUGCACCGCGACCUCUUUCGCUACUCGGAAAUCAAGGAGGAAGCGACCGUCACCACCUUGCGCCAGCGCUACGUCUUCCUGCCGGCACACAUGCGUUUUCCCUACCUGAUUCACAUUCUUCGUCAACUGCACGACGACAAGAACAACAGUAUUGUUCUCUUUGUUCCUACGUGCCGCCUUUGCGAAGAGCUUGCCCUCACGCUGCGCGAGCUCGAUUUGCGCUGCACAGCCCUCCAUUCACAGGCAAGGAUGUCACAAAAGGCGCGCCUAGAUGCCUUGCACAAGUUCAAGUCAAGCUUUAUUCAUAUUUUGCUUGCCACAGACGUUGCCAGUCGUGGCCUCGAUAUUCCAACCGUCACCUACGUCAUCAACUACAACGUGCCUCGUGCACCCGAAGAUUACGUCCACCGAGUCGGCCGCACGGCUCGUGCCGGCCGUGGUGGCAUGGCCAUUACAUUGAUGGAUGAACGGGACAUUGAGCUAUUGCAAGCCAUCGAAGAACACAUUAACGUCAAGCUCACAGCCUACGAUGACAUCAAGGAUGAAGAGAUUGUGCAGUCUAUGAACAAGAUCAACAUUGCACGCCGUGCAGCUGAGCUCCAGCUGCUGGAAUCAGGGUUUGAUGAACGUCUACAAGCACGCAAGGCCAAGCUGAAACUCAUGCUGGCUAAUUUGUGUGCACAGCUGGCCAGCCGCAAGGCUGCCGCCAAUGACGACGAGAGCGCAGGCUCAGAAGACCAAACGAUGCCCCCGGGCAAGCGUACCAAAGGGCAAAAGUCUUCCAAAAGUGCCUCCCAGCCGGCGACGCCCAAAACCGGCGCCAGCAAGCCCCAGCGCCGACGCAACAGCAAGACACCUCAAAAAGCAUAAACACCUUCCUUCUCGCCAUAUCCGCGGGGCCGUGCCUCGGACUGACAGCUCACAGCUUGCAAUCGAAAAUCCACGCCCAAAACUUCACCGCCACGUGCCACUCAAGCAACACAUUUUUUGAAGCCGACCCAUCAUUCACAAUUGGGGAACUGGUC